AUGCUUCUUUUGGUAAAUUACGGCUUGAUCGUCGGGGUCUACUACGCCGUUUCAACCCUUCUGAGCCAGCUUCUGUCGCACGAAGCAGCUACAGUAGGACUGAUGGGCGCGCUCAUGGUCAUAACAGGACUCUUCGGAUCCGUCCUUGGCGGAAUCUUAUUGGACAAGACGAAAGCAUUCAAGAAAAUUUCGCUCGUCUUCUAUGUCUUCACCUUGAUUUGCUGCUCGAUUUUCACCGGAGUUCUGAUGCUUGGAAACAAAGUGACUGAUUUCGUUCUUAUUGGAGUACUUGGCUUCUUCAUGACUGGAUAUUUACCGAUUGGCUUCGAAUUCGCUGCGGAGUUGACGUACCCAGAGCCAGAAGCAAUUUCUUCAGGUCUUUUAAAUUGGGCAGGAAUGACUUUUGGACUUGUAACGACGCAAAUCUGCCAAAUCGUCAUUGUAAAAUUGGGUAUAUUUCCGACAUGCGGAAUUAUGAUUGGAAUGCUUGUAAUUGGACUGUGCUUACUUUUUGCGAUCAAGGAAGAUCUUCGAAGACAUCAAGUUGAACAAAAAACUUGA